AAUUGUAUAUACAUAGGAGAAAAAUACAGGGACUUCCACCAGGAAGAACUGCAGAAGCACUGUCGCGUUUGUGGAAAUAAGUUGAGAGACAGAAAUAUAUAUAAAUGCUCGAACACUGCCUACAGAGAGAGGCUAGCACUGCUUGGUGUGAACUGUGACCAUGACGUCGAAACAGUCCACCCGAAGUAUUUCUGCAACCAGUGUUAUAGAUCAGCACAGAGACAGCAUACAUCUCCUGGCAGUACUCAAAUCCAGCUAUUCCUGUGGAGAGAGCACAGUGAAAGUAGUUGUGAGGUAUGCCAGCAUUUUAGAUCUCUUCAGAGGCCAGGGCGAAAACCAUCAAAAAGAGGACGACCACCAACAGAUGGGAAAAGAAUCCUGGGAAACCACAUUAGAAGGCUCAUG